ACGACGUCAUGUUAACAGCGUUCAUUGGUAUUCCUGCCUGUAUAGUCCUUCUUCUAAUAACUUACAUAAUCUGGCUUCGCAGGAGAGGCGCUGCAGGGGAGCAAAGGACCUAUGAAGAUGAAAGAAGUAUUAACAACGACGUGGUGACACUACAAGAUAUCGAACCAAAUCAGCCCCAUUCCAGCCCACUCACGCAGCCUUCUUCGGAGUACAUGGAUCUCAGAGAAGUCAGUAAAGAUAACAACAAGUCACAAAGUACAAAUCCUGGUUACGCGCCUCUUCAUGCAGCGAAGCGCUCCUGGGAAGUUCCAAGACAUCACGUUACCAUAGAAAAAGUCAUUGGGAAAGGCGCUUUUGGACAGGUUGCCAAGGGAACGGUAGUAGGACUUCGAGGGAGGAAUGAUGCGACUACAGUGGCUAUCAAGAUGCUUAAAUUUAACGCUGCUGAAUCACACAAGAGAGAAUUGAUGAAAGAACUUGACACGAUGAAGAACCUUAAACCACAUCCUCACAUCAUCAAACUUCUGGGAUGUGUUACAGAAUCCGAGGAAGUCCUGGUGUUGAUCGAAUAUGUUCCUUUGGGGGAUCUGCUGAGUUACCUAAGAAAGAGCCGUGUAUUAAAUGACACUUAUCACAAAGACCCAGAUAUCAAACCACAAACAAGUCUGACGUCACACCAGCUGAUGAAGUUUGCCUGGCAAAUCGCUGAUGGCAUGAGUUACCUGUCCUCAGAAUCUAUCAUCCACCGAGACCUUGCAGCGCGUAAUGUGUUGGUGGGGAAAAAUGAAACAUGUAAGGUGACAGACUUUGGAAUGGCCAGAGAUGUGCACCAGAAAAAUAUUUGUGAACGAAAAACAAAGGGCCGUCUUCCAGUAAAGUGGACAGCUUAUGAAGCGCUGUUGUAUGGUAACUAUACCACCAAAAGUGACGUAUGGAGUUAUGGAGUUGUCCUUUACGAGAUUUUCACUAUAGGCGGUUCACCUUACCCACGAAUAGAUGGGGAAAAAAUUGCAAACUUACUUGAAGAGGGAUACAGAAUGCCUAAACCACAACACGUGGAAAAUGAAUUGUAUCAGAUCAUGAUGAGAUGCUGGCAAAAUGACCCGGAUGAAAGACCAGCAUUCACUGAAUUAAAAAUCCAACUUAAAGAGAUGGAAACUCUACACAAGAGGCUGAUCGACAUGAGAAUGCACGACAAGCAUUUGUAUGCAAACGUUGAGGAUUUGAUCGUGUAGUUGGUACACUACCUCAGUGUUUGCCGGAUUGGCCAACUGUUCGAACACUUUUCCGCAACAAGUUUAGGGGAAUGUUCAUCCUCGCCUUAAGCGCCCACUGGCAAAAAGAACCCGGCAUGUUUUAUCAGCCGCUAAGGCUAAAACACAUUUAUUUUAAUUAAUUUUCAUUUUCCGAAAGCGGUUAAACGCUAUUGUGCAUAAGUUUUUAAAUUCUUAGUUAUAUAUACUGACAUUUUGUUGGUUAAAAUCUUUUAAAAGUAUAUGCACACAUGCUUGAUAAAGAAAUGUUUUGAUUUGUUGAUUAUGCAGCUUCAUUCUGAAAAGAAGGACGUCAUGAUGACAUCAGGUGGUGCAUUUUUGUCUCUGUCAAUUGUGUCUGUUUUUUCUAAAACAAAAUAUCAUAAGAUCGAUUGGAUAUAUCAAAUAUUUUUAGAAAAUUUCCGAAAACUUUCCAGUCGUUUUUAUUUUUUUACAAUCUGGGAGAGCUGUCGGACCUAUUUUUGGCUUUCAGUAGGACUGCCAAUGUUUUUGAUACCAAAUGCAACUGAAUUUUGUUUUUGCUCUGAUAACUGAGUAUAAGUCUGAUCAUGCGGUUUGUUUUCAAAGCUAUUCUUGUACUUUUUUUUCUGUUUAAAAAGUGUACAAUUUGUCUGAAGAGCGCAAUAGUUUCAUACUUUCUAAAUGCGACUACUCAGCCAAAUCGAAUCUGUCAAUUUUUUUUCUUAUACUCAAUUUUAAAGCAGUAGCUUUUAAAACGAUUUUUUGUAAUAAAAAUUGUUGGAAAAUUCA